CGCUCAGUCUGAGCUGCGCGCGACCCGCAGAGAGCGCGAGGGGGAGGCGCUGUGAGGGAAGCUAGGCUAGGCUAGGCUAACGGUGUAGCUGCUGCGGCUCUGAAGCGCUCCCACUCGGCUCUGUGAGGCCGCUUUCAGCUCCCCGCGGGGUUAAACACGCUCACCGCGGGGUUAAACACGCUCACCGGGAUGUUCCGGGACGGCAGCGCUUUCCGUGUGUUUAAACUAAAGCCAGUUUUGUGAAAGGAUUAAGCACUUUUAGUGAGCGAGCUCGCGCGCUAGUGACGACGAGCUAAAUCGCCGAGCUAAGCUAGCUCACUGAGAGGAAAAAUAAAAAAGUAGCUCCGUGUUCACCUUCAGCAUGGACUCAUCACCAUUUAAACAUUAAAGACUUAAAGGAGGAGUCUGUACAUCAGGGAUAUUUUCCUUUCUGGGUCGGAAACUUGCCUGAGACACGCGCACACACACAGAGGAAUGGCUGACGGCACUCCGGUGUCUCCUCAUCUUCUCAGGCCCGAGCGAGUGAAGCCGUGAGCUGGGCGGUGUGUGUGUGUGUUAUCAUCGGAGCGGAAUGAUUUAGCAGCCGUGCACAUCAAAAAGAGGAGGAGGAAGAGGAAGAAGAUGGGGGUUAAUGCCUCCAGCUAUCCUCACUCGUGUUCCCCGAGGUUCGGGGGACAUUCACCCACCCAGCAGACCUUCAUAGGCACAUCAUACGCACCGCAGGGUUAUGGAGUGGAGUCAAAGCUCUACAGCUUGGAGCACUGCCCCGAGAAACCUCAGGACAAGAAGAAGAAGAGCUCGAGCCUGGCUACGCUGAAGAGGCGCUUUAUUAAGCGGCGUAAGGCGAGCCGCUCGGCCGAUCACGCGCGCCACAUGAGGGAUCUGCUGUCAGGCUGGGACGUGCGCGACGUCGCCGCUCUGGUGGAGGAGUACGAGGGUACAGGCGCGCUCAAGGAGCUCAGCAUGCAGGCGUGUCUGGCCCGCCCCGAGGCUCGCACCCUGCCCCAGGACCUGGCCUCUCUUUACCAGCACAAAUACUGCACGGACGUGGAGCUCAUCUUCCAGGACACGCGUUUCACCGCGCACCGAGCCAUCCUGGCCGCACGCUGCCCGUUCUUCAGGACUCUGCUGUCCUCGUCGCCCGGGUACAGCACCCAGCUGCUCCUGGACGUGGGCACGGCAGGGAUGGACGCCUCCAUGUUCUCGGCACUGCUGCGUUAUCUGUACACCGGUGAGCUGGGCGCUGAAGACGCCCGCCUGCACAACGUAGAUGUCCUGCUGCGUCUCAGCGAGGAGUUCGGCAUGCCCAGCUCGCUGGAAACGGACAUGCGCGAACUGCGCCAGAGAAUGUGCUACUACGACUCCGUGCUCUGCUUCUCCUUCGACUCGGAGCUGGACGAAGCUUUCGGAGCGGACAUGAGCGGAGACGAGGAGGAACUGAAGGCUCACAAGGCCGUCCUGGCGGCACGCUCGCCGUUCUUCCGGAACCUGUUACAGCGGCGCGUGCGCACAUCCGAAGAGGAGACCACGCCCGCACGCAUCGUCCUGAACGAGUCCAUCAUCCCGCGGAAGUACGCCGGCGUGGUGCUGCACUGCAUGUACACGGACGCGGUGGAGCUGGAGCGCGUGGUGCGGAGCAGCCCCUCGGCCGGCAGUCUCGGCGAGGCUCAGGCUUUAGCCACCGGGAAGGGCAGCAUGAGCAGAGCGGAGGAAGCCAUGGAGCUCUACCACAUCGCCCUGUUCCUCGAGUUCAGCAUGCUCGCACAGGGCUGUGAGGACAUUGUGGUGGAGAGCAUCUCUCUGGACUCGGUGGUACCCAUCCUGAAGUGGAGCUCCCAGCCGUACGGCUCGAAGUGGGUCCAUCGCCAGGCCAUGCACUUCCUGUGUGAGGAGUUCAGUCACGUGAUGACAUCAGACGUCCUGUAUGAGCUGAACAAGGAGUACCUGCUCGGGGCCAUCCAGUCCGAUUACCUGCAGGCCAGUGAGCAGGACGUCCUGAAGUACGUGGUGAAAUGGGGAGAACACCAGCUCAUCAGGAGGAUGGCCGAUCGAGAGCCCAACCUGCUGAGCGGCACGGCCCACAGUGUGAAUAAGCGUGGAGUGAAGAGGCGGGAUCUGGAUGUAGAGGAGCUGAAGGAGAUCCUGUCCCCUCUGCUGCCUUGUGUGCGAACUGAACACAUUCUGCCCACCAACAGUGAGGUUCUCUCCGACACGCUGAAGCGAGGUCUGAUCAGCACACCUCCGUCAGACAUGAUCCCCAUGGUGGAGGGAGGAAAAGCCAACGCCUGGCUGAGGCAGAAGAGCGCCGGCAUCUACGUACGCCCUCGCCUCUUCACUCCAUACGUGGACGAGGCCAAGGCCGUCCUGGAUGAGAUGAUGGUGGAGCAGACGGACCUCGUGAGGCUGCGCAUGGUGCGCAUGUCCAACGUUCCCGACACUCUUUACAUGGUCAAUAAUGCCGUACCCCAGUGCUGUCACAUGAUCAACCACCAGCAAAUGGCUGGCAGCCAAACGGCCCCGCCCUCAGUGGUGGCCAAUGAGAUACCAGUUCCCAGGCUGGCGGUGGUGAAAGAGAUGAUUCGGCGGCUGCAUGAGCUGCGGCACACGGAGCAGGUCCAGCGCGCGUACGCCCUGAACUGUGGCGAAGGAGCGACGGUCAGUUACGAGCUCCAGAUCCGAGUCCUCCGGGAGUUCGGUUUACCUGAUGGAGCUGCAGAACUGCUUCAGAACCCGCACAAGUUCUUCCCUGACGAGCGUUUCGGAGACGAGAGCCCGGUGCUGGCCCUGCGUCCGUCCGCUCGCUGUCGGGUUAACAGCACUCCGGCUGCAGAGAGCAUGUUCACAGACCUGCAGGCCGUGAUGGGCCUCCAUCCGCCCCUGCCUCCUCCGCCGCCGCCGUACCACCCGCCCACCACGCAGCAGAUCCGGAACGGCUGGAGGCCCCGCGUGCCCACCCAUCAGCCCUCGCGCUCCUUCUCCUACCCCUGUAAUCACUCACUGCUCCACACACAGACCUCCUCCAAAAUGGGCAGUCCCAUUUACCCAGCCACGGGGGUCAAGGCCGUGCCUCCGGACUGUACCAACCCCCAGGGGAGGAGCCUAAACCCAAACAAGAAAGGGAAUAUGGAGCCGGUCAUCAACGAGUUCAUGCCGGACAUCGCCAUGGGCGUAUCUGCCAUGAGUCUGAAGGAUCGCCGCCUUCCUGAGGUCACCAUGGAGGUAGAAGGUCACGACCCUCGUCCUUUGGUCUCCACGGUCCCGCCGAUCUCUCAGUGUUUCUCCGGCCGCCACCCGCACUCCUCUUCGUCACGCAAGAGACACGCGGCCGAGCCCAAACCGGACGCGCCGCAGCACACGCACUUCCCCGACCUGUACGAGCUAUACACGCACGGCCGCGCCGACGCCGCGCACAGGCUCCACCUCGCCCUGGGGGCUCAGGCCAACCAGAGAGCGCCGCCUAAAGGAGAGACGGACCUGACGUGCGGCCUGAGUCCCGACACAGAACCCUACGACGAGUGGAACCUCAGCCGAAGGGUCACCGGCGCCGCUGCAGCGGAAGACGGAGGAGGAGGGCGAGAGCGCAGGUCACCUAACAAACACGAAUACCUGUACAGGAAGUCCGCACUAUGACCCUGGAGAGACUGAAGAAGGCUUUAAGGCACAAAGUCACAGAUUUAAAGCCUCGGGUUUGAUCUUGUCCACAUUUUUAUUUUGAAUAUUUAAACGCCCUCAUUAAGGGCACUGAAGCUAAAACUCACUCGGGUUACUGACAAUCAGCGUAGAAAUGAAAUUUCACCGAGUUCCCACCAAACUGCGUCAUGAUGCAGAAUCAUCACUGUGCGCUCCCAAUACAUUCGUUUAUCUCUAACUUCGAGUUAACACACUAGCAGAGAGACAGAGAGAAAUAUAUAUUUAUACAGAUGUAUUAUGCAUUUAUCUUUGCUUAUAAAUAAAAACGUCCAGGCAAUAAGUCACCUCAUCCAAACAUCAAACAUUAAUGAUGUGACACGUUUAAACACCAGCGCUGCGUUCAUGACCAAGUGGGAGCUAGGAAGCAGAACUCCGUCGCUGAAGAUUUUUUUUUUUUAAAUCCACUUGGACAGACCUGCUAGCCUUCUCGUAUUCUUUACGUUUUAACAUCACUGCGAUGAUGAUUUUACCGCUCAAAAAUAUGCAAAAAGACUCCACGUGAAUCGAAUGACUGACCGCACCCAAUGCUCUCUGGAAGCUCCGCCCACACCUCGGUUUGAAAGAUGCGAUUUUUUCAUUAACGUCAAAUAAAAUCUGUGGCACACAUUUCAUUUUACGUCUUAGGGGUUGUCUUUUUUUUUUUUUGGUGCGCAAAGUAAGAAAUAUAUCACGAUGCUUUAAGACACGAUAUUCAGGCUUCCGAACAAACCGCGUUUAAAGGUAAUGAAUACACCUGUAGAAAUGAGUUUGACGUUACGUGUAUUUAAAUAGCAUGUACAAAAAUACUUUACAUACGAAAUUUAUAAAAAAUUUAGCCUUUUUUUUUAAAGAAAUCUGCUUUUGUAAUUUAUUUAAAAAAAAAAAAAUUAUAUCAAACAAUUUAUCGUCAUGUAAUGUCACGAUAACGGUUAUAUCGCCCAGCUCUGAAACAGAUUUAAGUCAUUUGAAAUUACGAGGUAGGAAUACGAGUUUCGGUGAUCCCUCUCAGUUGGAGAAUCGCUGCUCAAGGAUCACUGAAUAAAGCUUUUGUUAUAAAUAAAUAAAGCACUAAACACAAAGCCCAGGCGCUUUUUUUUUUUUUUUUUUUUUUGGACCAGUCGAGGAUGUGUUGAGAUUAGAAACUAUAAUCCCAGUUGUCAUGAACGCAGCAGAUACAGUUUUAAAGCUGCUCACACCUCGGCGUGUUCCUCUUCUGUCGUUCUUCAGGUUUAUGGCUGUAACAAAGCUGCCUGCUUUCUUUAUUAACAGCAGUUCAUUCUUUCGUCGUCUGCCUUUCGGUCUCUGUGUACAUCUCUAUCGUUACACUCUUAUCCUCUCAUCACCAUCCCUGGACGUGAACUCGUAUCUGUCUCCGCGUUGGCAUUUUAUUAUCCUUAUUAUUGCUGUUUGAGUACCGCAGCGUUUUACCUCGCACUCGAACAUCCUGCAUUAACGCGAGAUCUCGCAUCGCCAUCGCUAGCAGCCUGACCACCGCCUCAGAUUCCUCUUUUCCUAUCCUUUGUGAGCAAAAAGGAUAAUCUCCGUGAUGCAGUCGCUGAUGCGUGAUAUAUGCAGCUUUAUACUGUUUAUGCCAUGUUUCAUGGUACUGUAACGUUACAGUCUUCGACGACGCUCACCUGUGCAAGCUGGAAUCAGGGAUCUGUCUCAUCUCCUCUCGUUUAGCCCAGUCCAGUGCUGAAUGCAGUAUUUUCUGCCUGUACGUUUAAAUCAGUGUUUUUAUUAUAACCCGCUUAUUUUUUUGGUAAAGCUGCGACGCCUCGAUGAUCAGACGCUACACCUCUACCUCUGUUUCAUCUCUGUCCUCAUUUCUGUGUUGUCGAACUUGAUCGUUUCAGGUUUUCAGAAUUUAUUCGUUUUUUCUUUAAAACACCUGCAUCAGGUGAGAAACGAAAGUUCAGCAAUUUCAAAACACCCACACGUACAUUUCCAUCUAACCGAGUGACACGGAGCCGCCGCUUCAUUUUCAUUUGAAUGAAGUUUUCUCAUUUCUAUGCAAACUAGCUGCAACGCUGUAAAGAAGUGACGAAUCCGAAUGAUUCCUCAGACCGGACGUUCCUCAUAACUUCGUUAGUUCUGCAAAACCUGUAGGAAAAACGUUUGGAGGAAAGGAAGCGGAGAUCGUGUUAGCAGCGAGCUAAUCUGAGAAUGACGUAGCGUAAAUCAGUCGAACAGGCCACACCCACAAGAGACUACAAACUGAACUGUGAACAGAUUCACACACGAUUUGAUCGUAAAUCGAAUGCUGCGUUCUCGAAAACGUCCAAUCGGAAAAACUCAUAAUUCCUACUCGUAAUUAAGUCUGCUCCGACGUGGAGGCCCAUUUGAAGCCGGUUCUGUUUGCUUUGAGAUCACUAAUUACGAGUACACUUAUAGUUUUAAUCGCUAUAAUCCAUUUCGUAAAUAAACAGAGCUCUGAUCAGCUUUUCCUUCCACCUGUUACUCUGUUCAGUCGAGAUUAGGGCAAAAUCCUUGUUUGGGUAUUUACUAGACGUUUUCUUUAAAGGUGCAAUAUGUGAUUUUUUUUCCUUACGUCUACAAAUAACGUGGAGGAUUUGUUGAACAGUGGAUUAAGGCAUGGUUUUAGCAAAAGUGUAUGAAGUCACACUUCCUGUCAGUCAGGAAUCAUUCAAAUGUCAAACCCACCUGACUGUUAGAGACCUAAUUGGGGGGGGGAUGACUCUUACCUCAUGCACGUUUAAAUACAAACAAGCUUUAAAAACGACUUGUAUGUAAUACGUCACAAUCAUUUCUAAACCCUGGGUAUCGGAUCCAAACCUAAAAGCUUAUCUGUACUGUGUGUAGAGCGGAGAACGUCCUCCAAAAGAGAAACACAGAACAAACCCAUUCCUGUAGUGCUACAGCUCUGUCUCAGUUUAACAUCUCACCCAAAACCGCUUGGUUUAUCGACCGUCCGCAUUUCAGACUGAAUACUAAACUCGUUGUGCAGCUCGCUUUCUUUACAGCGUGUCUAGAACCCGCAUAAUGUCCUCUGUGUGUGUGUGACCUUACAGAGCUGUCGCUUUACUCACAUGCUGCUAUGAACUCUUAAGGGCUUGUCUUAGCAAAAACAAGGAUAGAAAUCAUGUGUGAGAGAGAGAAGAGCAGUCAGUGUGAAUGCCUUUAGGGGGCAGUGAUGAGUUCCAGUGCUCACUGAAGCAAAGGAACCCAAGUCUCAUUGUCGUCCUGAUGUUGGCCAAUCAGCAGCUUCUCUUUAAUUACACGCCUUAUUUCUUUCAUGCCCCAUCCAUUGUCUCCCAGCUGAUGUGUGUGUUAGACCUGAAGUUGGCUCGUUAUUAGCGGUUAAAUGAAAAGAAUUCUGUGCUACAUUUCAGAUUUAACUCCGCCCAUGUCUCUGCACAGCUGGGCUAAAUGAAGGUCAGCGAGAGGGACGGGAACACACACAUUCUGGUGUAAACUCUGAUCCCCGCGUGUCCUGCGUCAGCUUUGUCAGAGAUGAUAUCCGAGUGCCUUCAUGCCCGAGGCCGGGCGUGUCCUCUUCCUCCUCCCCUCCCCCUUCUCUGUCUUAUGCAAGCCAUUUCUACAAGCCUGUGUCCCUGUACGACUGGAGCCCAGGCUCUUGGCUACAAAGACACUCAUUUUGUUUGGGUUUCCUCUUUUUGUUUAUUCAAAGAAUAUUUUUCAAGAUUUUUGGUACCUUUGAAGAGAAGCCUUGCCGUUCUGACGUGUGUAAAGAUUUAUAAAUAAAUAUCUAUCUAUAGAUGAUAUGAUUGGGUGUGUAUAUAUAUAUAUAUAUAUAUACAUACCAGGAGCAAAGCUUUUUCUUUUACAUUCUUGUACGGACUUCAUGUGAGAAGUGUCUAUUUUUCUACUCUUCUCUGCGCCGGGGUGUAACGGAGAUCUAUCUGCAGUUAGACGGAAAUAAACGGCUUUGACACAAA